AUGCAGAGCAUCUUCGAGGAAGCCACGCGGGAUAAUGCCUCACAACAAAGUGAGCCAAGAAGCGACGAAUUCGACCACCAGGAAUCUUCGUCGAAGACCCAAUCACCGCCUGAUCCCACUCAUCAACAAAUUGUUUCCAGAUCAUUCUCUCAAUCACCGGGCGAUUUUCCUCCACUGUCAGGAACUUCUUCAUUUACCUCCACUUUGCAAAAUCCUCCCUUUAUUCCAAGGCCUGAGGAUUCUAUUCUCUUCAUAGUAGGUGGUGGCGGUGGUGGUGGUGGCUACUGUGGCGGUUCAAUGUUAGGUCCUUGGUUUAAUUCAAUUCCAGCAAGAAAUGUGAGGGACUGA